AAAGGGAUCAAAGACUGCGGUGAGUUUCCAAUUUCCCAUUUUUUCCUUUCAAGGUUUAAUGGAAGGACCAAAUCUAGAACGAUCUCCAAUUCUUUCUCAGGUGAUGCAUUCUUCAUCUUCCUUUCUUUGCAGUUGAUUUUGCAGCGUUGAUUCGCAAGCAAACUGUAUAUUCCGCCGGCGAUUUGCUUGGAAAUGACCGUCGGAUCUUCGAGGAAGAGGCAGUACGUUCAACACUCUGCCUCCACCAGCCGUCACUCCUCUGUUCUUGCCGCCGCCGCCGACUGUUUUCCUUUAUCAGAUAAGUCCUCAACCGAAGUCUCGAAAAAGCCCCAUACUCUCCCUCGUACUUCAUCAUUCUCCUCCAUCGCCGCCUUCAACGACGCCUCUACUGCUGAUAUUGUCCUCCGUCUAUAUUUGGAGGUUGCUCCUUUUGAUUCGUCUGGUUCUGAGUCUCCGGCGUCCUCCGAUGUCCAGAUUUAUCUUCAUUCCUGUGUUAUUCGCCGAUCGAAGUACUUUUCUGCUCUAUUGUCGGACCGAUGGCAGCCUAAGAAGGACAAUGAUUCAGAUCCUUUGAGGUUGAGUUUCAGUGUUCCAGCGGCGCAGGGCUCAAUGGAUAGUCAUUUGGCUGUUCUUGAGCUUCUUUACGUUGAUGAUAUGUCGGAAUCCAUUGAUAGUACGAAAGCUGCGUUGGAUCUCCUCCCCGUUGCGCUUAAAUUUCUUUUUGAGGAUUGUGUUAAGUCCUGUGUUCGAUUUCUGGAGGCCGUGCCGUGGACCGAUGAGGAGGAAAAGAGAGUGAUGGGAUUGAUUCCAUUUCUGCAAGAGGAAGAAUCGAGUGAGCUUCUUGCUAGGGUUUCGCCGGGCCGAAAUGAUUCUUGCGACGAAAUGUUGCAGGGACUGAUUUUGGCUGCUAUUCAUAAUUAUCCCAAUAUGGCUUUCGUGAAGGCAUUCGUGGCGAAGCUUUUGAAGGAUUUUUCAUCAAGGGAGUCCGCGAAGAGAGUGCUGAAGAGGGCAUUCGAGAUGAGCUUGAAGGUCGUGAAAGAGUCUUUGGAGGAAUAUUCAAGCCCAAAUUUUAGAGGAGAUCAUAACGAGACGGAGGCCAUUCAAAGGCUCAAUUUGCACACUGCAAUGACAAAUGCUAAGCAUUUGUCGUGGGUGGUUGAGAGGAUGAUAGAAUUGAGGGUGGCUGAUGUUGCCGUGGAUGAAUGGAGUGAACAGGCUUCUUUCACUGCAGAUUUACAACGAGCAUUUCGAGACGAUGGGUGGAGGGGCAUUGUGCCAGGGUUUCCUUCAGUUCUUUUGCGAUGUACCUCCAAGCUUGCCAAUGCGGUUGCUGCUGGUAGCAUUUUGGCCACCAAACAGGUUAGGAAGAAGUUCGUAAAGCAUUGGCUUCCGGUUCUGCUUGUCAGCAAAGACCAUUCACCUUUACUCUCCAGCAACAAGAACCUAUGUAUAGAGCUGGAGGAAACAUUCCUGAGAAUCAUUUCCACACUUCCCUUGUCAGAUGCACAGGAGUUGUUGCAGCAGUGUCUUAGCUUCACCAGAAACGUCGACGAUUGCCCUCACCUGUUCAAAGCGUUUAACACCUGGUUUCGACGUGCAACACACCCGCCCCAGCUCGAGAAACUUUGAUGGAAAAAGGAACUGUGAGGUGAUUUCUUCCCAUCUCAUCACUGUUGUGCAUAUACGAAGUGGAAAUUAAAAGCCUGUAUAUAAACCUCAGAAAAGAUUUCCUUCUGCAACAGAAGUGGAAACUUCUUUUUUCUCUUUCUUUUUGGUGAUGUAAUUAGUAGUUAAGAAGCUGGUAAUUAUGUAGAUUGUUUGGCAUCUUUGUCUCCUAGUUUGAGCAUUGUACAAAUCAUCUUGGGCAAUAAUUUCAGAACAGAGUUUUCCAAUA